AUGAUAGAAAAUGAUCUACUCCCAUUAAUUAAAGAUAAAAUCAAACAUGGUGAUCAUAUAGAAAUUACUUAUCAUUCAAUAAAAGAUCUUUUCACAAAAUUAUCAACAGAAACAUUUUAUAAAAAUUAUAAUGAAAAUAAUAAAUAUAAAGAUGAAGAUUAUUUAGAAAUUAUUGAAUUACUAAUGAAACAUAGAAGAGAUGAAUUUGAAAUUUAUGAUUUAAUAAAUUUAGCAGCAGUCACUGGUUCUCCAGAUGUUAUUAGAUUAUUAGUUAAUGAACCAUAUUCAGUUGUAAUUUAUCCACAAACAUUUGAAUUUGCAUUUGUGGUUUCAAGUUUAGAAACAAUCAAAGAACUAGUAAAUUUAGAAUCAACAAAUUUUAAAAAUUAUGGUAUUAAAUUAACUAGUGAACAAUUUAAAAGAAGAAUAUUAUCAUUUGUAACUCAAAGAUUAUAUCUUAAAACUUCAAUCACUGAAUUCGUUUUUAAUAAUCCAUCAUUAUAUUCAAUACCACCACCAUUAUCAUUAGUAAAUAAUCAAAAACAAGGACAACAAACACAAUCAACAAAUAAAAGAUUAAAAACUUUAGAUUCAAAUUUAAAUAAUAAUAAUAAUAAUAAUAAUAAUAAUAAUAAUAAUGAUAAUGAUAAUAAUAAUGAUAAUGAUAAUGAUAAUGAUAAUGAUAAUGAUAAUGAUAAUGAUAAUGAUAAUGAUAAUGAUAGUGAUAGUGAUAAUGAUGAUGAAGAAAUAAAGUAUGGAUAUAUUAAAUUAAAUGAAUUUAUAAAAUUAAAAUCAAGCAAUUUAUUAAAAUCAUUUAUGGAAUUAGAUAUAGUAGUUCCAAGUGAAACUAAACCAAAUUUUAAUUCAUUUCUUACAAUGUACCAUACAUAUGAAAGAUUACAAGUUGGUAUUAAAAUUAUUCUAAAGUAUGGAGAUACAAUUCCAGAAAAAAAAAGAGAAGAAAUUUUAGAAGAAAUCAAUAAAAUUGAUAGAAAUAAUGAAACAGGUUUUAAUAAAUUAAAAGAAUUGAGAAAAUUAGUAGCAAUAGAAUUCCCAAAUCAAAAAAACUUUUAUUUCUAUUAUUGGAAAGCGUAUCGUGAGAAUAUCAAAAAACUUGGUAAAGUUCCUAAUAAAUCAGGUUCUCCAAAUAAUAAUAUGGAAACUUUCGGAUUCCUUCUUUUAGAAGACGAAUUAAUUAAUAAUGAAACCAAUACUCAAGAAGGUGACGAAAAUAUAGAACAAGUAGAAUUAUUAUCAUAUAUUACAUAUUCAAAUAGUGAUGAUGAAAAUGAUCUUGGAGGAGAAGACAUAAUAAAUGAAAAGGAAUUAUUUAAUCCAUUUAAUAGAUGUAAAAAUGCAACAUUUUUUGAUAUAUCCAAUAAAUAUCCAGAUUUACUCAAUUCAUAUUUAAAAGCAAUUAAAGAAUGUAAUAUUGAAAAGUUAGAAAGGAUUGAUACAAAUAAUCCAAUGUUUAAAUUAGAUGUUUCAAAAUAUCAUUGUUUUCAACUACCACAUGAAAAAGAAGAUAUAAUGAAAAUUUGGGAAUACUUUAAUAAACACUCCUUUAAACAAAUGAUACCAAAUUAUGAUAUUCUCAUUGAAUUCCUUUCAAGUGUAACUAAUAUUAUUCCACCUUUUGAAUUGAAAAUAUCUAAUAUUAAAGAGCCACUAUCUGGAAAACUUGGAACAAUUCUGUUAAUGCAAUUAUAUAAAAAGAAUUUUAAUAUAACGGAAUUAUUAUUAAAUAGUUUUGAUAAUUUUAAUUUUAUACAUCAACCAGAACAAAUGUCUGAUAUUAUAGAUCGAGAGAGAUUUUUAUUUCAUAUUUCUGGCGAAUUAUUCCAAAUUGAUAAAAAGUUUAGUUUUCAAAUAAUUAGAAUAAUUGAAUUGAUAAUGGACAAGUUUAAUAAACUCACUAAAGAUCAGAUCAAUAUUGAAAAUAUUUCAACAACAACAUAUCGUCUCAUUUUAAAUCAUUUAUAUGAUCAAUUACUUAAAGUUGAAGGUUUAACAAUUGAUCAAUUAGAAUAUGUUAGAUCAAUUAUUCCUGAACAAUUAUUUAAUAAUAAUAGUUUUGAAACCUAUCGUAUCUUUUUCUAUCUUAAUAUCAGAUCUUCAAAAUUAUCAAAUUACCUAAUCAAAAGACCUGGAAUUGAGUAUUUUAUUCAAAAUUCAACUGGAUUCUUAAAUCAUUUCUACAAUACUAUUGCACCAACCACAAAUGAAAUUAUUGGUUUCGAUUUAAGAAAAUAUUUAAAUUUUGAUUUAUUCACUUAUGAUUAUAUAUUAGGUAGAGAAUCAAAUCAAUAUAGUAGUGGUAGUAGUAGUAUCAGUAGUGGUGGUAGUAGUAGUAGUAGUAGUAGUAGAAGUAGUGGUAGUAGAAGUGGUGGUGGUGGUAGCAGUAGUAGUAGUAGUGGUGAUGAUGGUAACAAAAAUAAUAAUAAAAAGUAUAUAACUCAUGUAGAUACAAUAUUAAGAGAAUUAAUUAAACAAUUAUCAUUCAAUAUUUGUACAAACCUUAGUAAUAGAGAUGAAAUUGUUGAUGGUAAAGAUUUCUUUAAUCAUUCAUUAAAUGAAGAUUUAAAAUUCAGUUUAGAUAUUGGUAGAAAAGAUUUAUUUUGGGAAUUAUUAGAUUGGAUUGAACAAUAUAUGGCUAAAAAUGAAAACUUAAUGAAACUUCAAGUUUAUCAAUUUAACUCACCAUAUGAAUCAUUAUUACCAACUAGUACAAUAUUUUUAAAUGUAAAAAUAAUAAAAAAAGAAUUACCAUCACCAUCAGCAACAACAACAAUUGAAAGUACUUUUUUAAAAAUUGAUAAUUUUGAAAAACCAAUACCAAAUGAAUCAACGAUUAAAGUUAAUUGGAAUUCAGAUAAAUUAAUUGAACCAUUCAAACCAAUUUCAAAACUUAUAAAUUCAUUUAAAUAUUCAGACGAUGUCUUAAAAUCAAUUUGUAGAGUAAUGAAUGUAAAUGAAAUUCAAAGAUUUAUUCAAUAUAAUUUCUUUGAAUCAUUUUUUCAAAAUGAAAUUUAUUCAUAUUCAUUAAUUUUUAGUAGAGAUGACUUAUUGUCGUUCCUAUUAAAUAAUUAUAAUAUUGAACCUGAUUUCCCAUUAUUUGAACCAAGUAGAAAAUAUUCACAAUAUUUAGAAUGUAAAUUCAUUUUUGAAAAUCAUUUUGAAAAAGUAAAGAAUAUUUCAAAAUUAAAAGUCAAACAAAAAUGGUUCAAAGGUGAUGAUUUACGAUCCCCAUCGGUUUUAUUAGAUACUUUUUUAAAAUACAUUUGUCUUGAAAAGAAUAUCACAAGAUAUAAUCAGUUCAUUCAAAAUUAUAAUUUACAAAUUAGAAAACAAAUAAUUAAAGAAACAAUUGAAAUACUAAUUGGUCAAUUCAUAUCAGAUGAUGGUGAUGAUGAUGAAGAUGAGGAUGAUGAUGAAGAUGAAGACCCUAAUCAAAAUUUUGCAUCUAUAUUAAAAGAUCAAAAACAUAAAGUUUUACUCAUUCAAUCAAUUAUUGAACAAUCAGAUACUCAAUUAUACUUUAAAUCAGCUUUAGAUCAAGUUUUAUUAAAAUCAAAAGAAGAUAGAAAAAAUGAUGAAAUUAAUAAUCCAUUCAUUGAAAAUAAUAAAAAUCCAUUCUUACAAUCUUUUAUUUAUGGUGAUAUUAAAACUUGUAAUAUCAUUCUUAAAUAUUAUCCAAAUCAAUUCAAAAUCACUAAGGAUUCAAUCACUGAAACAUUAGAAAUGGAAAAUAUUCAUAUUGUUAAAUAUUAUUAUAAAGUUGAUAACUGUAAAAAUUUAAUUAAUAAUUUUAAAAAUGAUAAUAAUUUAUUAAAACAUUUAAAAAAUGAAUUAUCAAAACAUCCAAUUUAUAAAUAUCAUUUAACUUGGUUAUAA